GGGUCGUACAUUUGUUUCUAAUAUCCUACAGUUGGCUGGCAGUAAUCACUGAGCCUGCUUAUAAAGAAAGCUUUGUUCAGUGUUUGAUGGACAUAAAGCAACGAGCACUGAUGCAUUGAAACUCAAAUCCCCCCUCAGGCAACAAGAGGGUUAAAAGCUACUAAUAAAUUACCUUCUACAGAUCGAAAUAUUAACAUACAUCAGUGAUGUUAUUGCAUUAUUAUAAAAGAUGCAUUUACAUCUCUGUAGCAUUUUAAAGUUGUUUUAAGUAUUUUCCACAUUGUCAUUGAGUAGUUAAAUCUAUGACUAUGACAUCAUCAUAUUUCUGAAGGUAAUCAUUGAUGAAAAUUCCGUUUGAGGUGGAGGUGAUUGUGUAAUUAUGUUUUUGUAAGCCGAUCAUGCCUUGUAUCAAAAGUCCAAAUCAAAGUGGUGGCAGAGAAGAAGAAUCUAAAAUACUCAAGUAAAAUAGCUCAAAAACCACAGCAGUGCAGGUUCCUUUCAAAGCCUCAGGCGUGAUCCUUCUGCCCAGCACCGUGCGGGCAUCUCUUUAUGCAUGACACACCAUUAUCUUUAUUCAUUAGAAUUUCCUGAUUGUGUUAACAUUACAUUACAUUAGUACCUGACACUACCAGUGCUGACAGCUAGUCUCACUGCUCAGAGACAGUCAAGGCUUUGCUUGAGUUGCAGGCGUGGCCAUCUGUCUCUAUUGGCUGCUGCUGUGAUCAUUUUUUUCAUUUUUCAUUGGGCUUCUCAAGUGUCGCAACACAAAUGCAUUUGGGGGAUUUGCUUUUUGAAACUGGAUGAGCCUAAUCUCUGCAGAAUAACGAUUGCUUUGCCUUCUUGGAAAUAGAGACAAGGAGAUCUUGAGGGUGUUUGUAGUCAGGGGGGGUCAGUCAUUUUCCACGCUCCCGAUGCUCUCCAGCUGUUCGACAGCUCUGAGGUGGCGACUGCGCCUCUCUCUGGCGGGCACGACCAUGAGCAGCCAGCCAUCAGCCGCAGCCUGGCCCCAGUUACUAAGAACGCCCGCCGCUCGGUUUCACCAAAGUAACGCCAGGCCUGAGCCAAACAAGCCUCCUUCAGUGCUGUCCUCUGUGUCCGAGCUGGAGGGCGGGCUGUUCGGGAUGGGGAUGUGGUCGCUGGGUCUGGGUGCGGUCGGAGCCGCGCUUGCCGGGAUCUUCUUGGCCAACACUGACCUUUGCCUUCCUAAAGCCGCUAGUGCGUCACUGGAGAACCUCGAAGACGCUGACCUGCGCUCCACCAGAGAUGGCGACAACGUCAUUAAAGGAAGGAGCCUGUGGGACAAGAACGGGGCCGUGGUCAUGGCCGUACGACGCCCUGGAUGAUUUUUGUGCAGAGAGGAGGCCUCUGGGCUGUCCUCUCUGAAGCCCCAGCUGGAAGAGCUCGGGGUCCCUCUGGUCGCUGUGGUGAAGGAGGAUGUGGGCACAGAGAUCCGGGACUUCCGACCGCACUUCGCCGGGGACAUCUUCAUAGAUGAAAAGAAGAGCUUCUACGGCCCGCUGCAGAGAAAGAUGGGCGGCCUGGGCUUCAUUCGCCUCGGGGUCUGGCAGAACUUCAUGCGGGCCUGGAGGUCAGGUUACCAGGGCAACAUGAACGGCGAGGGCUUCAUCCUGGGCGGAGUGUUUGUCUUCGGAGCAGGAAACCAGGGGAUUCUCCUGGAACACCGGGAGAAGGAGUUUGGCGAUAAAGUGCAGAUCGCUGAUGUUUUAGAGGCUGUUAAGAAGAUUGUACCUGCAAAAUAAGCCUCCCGCAUAAAAAAAGUCUUUCAAAAAGGUUCCCUUAAUUAGAUUAAAAAAUAACUGCAGUCAAAGUCCGUCCAUCACUACAAACUAACAUUUAUGUCGUUACUGUCUGAUAUCACAACAUACCUCUACAUUGGUUCAGUACAAAGCUGAUGUAAUUUCAGGAUUUGCCAACGAUUAUACCUCUGCAGACACCUCGCAGCUAUUGAUUUUAAGACGGGUAUUAAAAAAAAAAGGUAGUAAGGGACUUAUAUUCAAAGGUCACUUUAAAUCUGUCUUAUAGAGACAAGACAAAUUACUCUAAAGUCUCAACUCAUUUGUAACAACGUUAGUAUGCGUUGUCUUUGUCCGCUUCUCGUGGUCAGGCACCCGAAGGGGCCUCCAACAUGGCGGAGCAGUGUGUGUGCGGUCUGUGUGUGUGUUAAUGACAACUUGAAUCCAAACUCAACAUUGAGAGGAGCAGGUUUGAUGCUCAAUCACAUCCAGGUCCACCUGCUGUCGCCAUGUGGACGCCUUGUGGACGCCAUGUGGACGCCAUGCUCCCUGAAGAGAUGUGUACCUGUGCACCAAUAAUAAAGAAAGAAUACCUCAAUCACA